AUGCUUGACGUUGCGAUCUCCAGUGGUUUCCAUGACUUCAGUUUAAGGGGCUCUUCCUUGGCUCUGGAGCAGGUGAAGGCUGCUGCGGGUCACCCAGCUCCCUCAUUCAUUCCCAGUGGGACUAUGGUGAGCCCGCUGUGCGACUUCCUGAUGCUCACAACUCGACUCCUGGUGAGAUCGCUCCUCUGGGCUCUGGCGUACAGUUUCUGCGGGCUCUGUGCCUGCCUGGUCUCGCUCAAAGUUUUAUGGCACAUCAUCAGGAAGCCGGCAGAGACCUUCCAGUGGACAGUCCGUGAGACGCUGCCCGCCUGUCUAAAUGACACGUCCCUGGGCACACACUGCUAUGUGCGGAUUAAGGAGUCAGGAUUACGGUUCCACUAUGUUGCUGCUGGGGAAAGGAGCAAACCCCUUAUGCUAUUGCUGCAUGGAUUCCCAGAGUUCUGGUACUCUUGGCGUUAUCAGCUUCAAGAAUUUAAGAGUGAAUUUCGAGUGGUUGCAGUUGAUUUACGAGGGUAUGGAGAGUCAGAUGCACCUAUUGGUCGAGAAAACUACCAGCUGGAUUGUUUGAUUACAGAUGUGAAGGACAUUGUGGAGUCCCUCGGGUACAAAAAGUGUGUUCUGAUUGGCCAUGAUUGGGGUGGAUUAAUUGCUUGGUGUUCUGCUAUCUAUUAUCCUGAGAUGAUAAGUAAGAUUAUAAUAUUGAACUGCCCACAUCCCACAGUUUUUUAUGAUUACAUCAUACGACAUCCCUCCCAACUGAUAAAGUCAAGUUACUUGUUCUUUUUCCAAGUGCCAUGGCUUCCUGAAUUUGUUCUUACAAUAAGUGAUUUCAAGGUGUUGAAGUACUUAUUCACAAGUCAGAGCACAGGCAUUAGGACAAAAGGCUGUAAGAUGACUGAGGAUGAGAUCGAAGCCUAUCUGUACAUCUUUUCUCAGCCUGAAGCCUUCUCAGGACCACUCAGCUACUUCAGAAACAUAUUCAGUAGCCUUCCCUUGAAUCAGAAUGAGGUGAUGACACCCACCCUGUUGUUGUGGGGAGAAAAGGAAGAAUUUCUGGAAUUCAGAAUGGCCGAGGUCACAAAGACCUACGUGAAGAGUAGCUUCAGACUGAAUAUUGUGCCCGAAGCCAGUCACUGGCUUCAACAGGACCAGCCCGAAGUAGUUAAUAACUUAAUUUGGGAAUUUUUAAAGGAGGUCGGCCAGUAA